AUCAAGUUCACAUGUGUCCAGCUCUGUGUCUGUGAAGAGUGACUGGUCAAAGGAUGGUGGGCAACCGAACUUCAGUGAGAAAAAGACAUCUAUCAAAAGAUCAAGUUCACAUGUGUCCAGCUCUGUGUCUGUGAAGAGUGACUGGUCAAAGGAUGGUGGCCAACCCAACUUCAGUGAGAAAACACCAUCACCAACCAAAGGGCUUAAAUAUGAAACAUUAGAUUCAGAUUUACAGACUCACAGGAAACACAAGAAUUUCACAGAUAAUCUCCUGUGGAUCUUCCAGGACCUUGAGAGGAAAAUAAUCACCUUACUGAAAAAUGAGCUGGAAAAGUUUAAGAAAAUAUUAAAAAAACAGAACAAACAAUCCUUAGUGGAGGACUUUAAUGAGAACAGAUCCAGUAUCAGAGAAGCAGCUCUUGAUCUCACACUUCAUUACCUAAGAGAGAUGAAGCAAGAUGAAGCUGCUGAUGCUCUAGAAGAUGAGCUGUUCUUCAUUCAUCAGCUGAAAUGUGGCCUAAAGAAGAAGUAUCAAUGUGUGUUUGAAGGAAUUGCAAAGCAAGGUGACUCCACACUCCUGAAUAACAUCUACACAGAUCUCUACAUCACUCAGGGUGGCAGUGAACAGGUCAAUACUGAACAUGAGGUCAGACAGAUUGAAGUUGCUUCCAGACGUCAUGAAGCACAAGAGAUACAGGUUGAAUGCACACAUUUGUUUGAAGCGCCUGAACAACACCAGGAGAUCCGAACUGUACUGACAAAAGGAGUCGCUGGCAUCGGGAAAUCAGUCUCUGUGCAAAAGUUUGUUCUGGACUGGGCUGAAGGAAAAGAAAAUCAAGAUAUCAGCUUCAUAUUUCCUCUUCCAUUCAGAGAGAUGAACUUAAAGAAGAAAGAAAAACUAAGUUUGAUGAGUCUUAUAACUCAGUUUUUCCCAGAGACAAAAGGACUGAACCUUACAAGAAGGAAUCAGUUCAAAGUGCUGUUCAUCCUUGAUGGACUGGACGAAUGUCGCCUUCCUCUGAAGUUUAAGAGUAAUGAGACGUUGAGUGAUGUAUCGUCACCAGCCUCUCUGGAUGUUCUCCUAACGAACCUCAUGAAGGGAAAUCUGCUUCCUUCUGCUCUCGUCUGGAUCACCAGCAGACCAGCAGCGGCCAGUAAGAUUCCUCCUGACUGUAUCGACCGGCUGACAGAGAUACGAGGAUUCAGUGACGCACAAAAGCAAGAGUACUUCAGAAAAAGAUUCAAAGAUGAGAAAAUGGCCAAUGAAAUCAUAGAUCAUGUUAAACAAUCAAAGAGUCUCUUUAUCAUGUGCCACAUCCCAGUCUUCUGCUGGAUUUCAGCCACUGUUCUCCAGAACAUUCUGGAGGAGAAGAGAAAUAAUGAUGUGAGAAACACUCAGGCUGAUGAGAUCUCUAAAACACUGCAGGAAUCAAACACUGAAGACACUCCCAAGACUCUGACACAAAUGUACACACACUUUCUCCGCUUUCAGAUCCAGCAGAGCCGCCGGAAAUAUGAUGGAGAAUACACACCAGAUGUUUCCUGGGAUAAAGACACCAUCCUUUCACUGGGGAAACUGGCAUUUCAUCAUCUGGAAGAAAACAACCUGAUCUUCUAUGACACAGACCUGGAAGCCUGUGGUCUUGACGUCUAUAAGGCAUCAGUGUACUCAGGCAUGUGUACCCAGAUCUUUAAGGAGGAAACAGGGAUCGUUCUUGGUACCAUGUACUGCUUUGUUCACUUGAGCAUUCAAGAGUUUAUUGCAGCCCUUUAUGCACAUCUGUUUCUAGACAUGAACAAGACAAGUGUGUUUGAUCAUGAGUCUACAGAACAGGAAAACAGAAAUGAAACCAUGAUUGAUUUUCUCAAGACUGCAGUGGACAAGGCGCUGGAGAGUGACAAUGGACACCUGGACCUUUUCCUUCGCUUCCUCCUCGGUCUGUCACUCCAGUCCAAUCGACGACUCUUACAAGGUCUGUUGACACAGCGAGACGGCACUGACCAAAGCAACAAGGAAAUAGUUCAGUACAUCAAGCAGAAAUUAGAAGCUAAUCUUCCUGCAGAGAGAUCCAUCAAUCUGUUCUACUGUCUGAAUGAACUGAACGAUCAAACUCUGGUGAACGAGAUUCAGACCCACCUUAGCAAAGGAAGUCUCUCAUCUGCUGACCUUUCACCUGCCCAGUGGUCUGCUUUAGCCUUUGUGUUGUUGACAUCAGAGGAAGAGCUGGAGGAGUUUGAGCUUCAGAAAUUCAAGAAAUCAGAUGAGUGUCUUAUUAGAUUAUCGGCAGUCAUCAAAACCGCCAAAAGAGCUCUGCUAAAUGAUUGUAACUUAACAGCCAAAAGCUGUUCAGCUCUGGCUACAGUUCUUGGAUCAGAUGCCAAUCUGAAAGAGCUGAACAUGAACAAUAAUAAUCUACAGGAUUCAGGAGUGAAGCUGCUCUGCACUGGACUGAAGAAUAUUAAGUGUACAUUGGAGAUACUGAGACUUUCAGACUGUAGUAUCACUGAAGAAGGUUAUAAAGCUCUGGCUUCAGCUCUGAGAUCAAACCCUUCACACCUGAUAGAGCUGGAUCUCAGAGGAAAUGAUCAUGGAGAAUCAGGAGUGAAGCAGCUCAGUGAUUUACUGCAGGAUCCAAACUGUCAACUGAAGACACUGAGGUUUUUGAGUCCUGCUGCAGAUGAAGCCUGUCAGUAUGUGACUGGGAUUGUGGGUAAAAACCCAUUACUCAUGAGAGAGCUGAAUCUGAGUGAACGUGAACUAGGAGACACACGAGUGAAUCAGAUCGCUGCUCUACUGCAGGAUAAACACUGUAAACUCAACACACUGAAUCUGUAUAGAUGCAGUAUUACAGAGAAACAGAGUCUCAUCCUGACUUCAGCUCUGAAAUCAAACCCAUCACACCUGAGAGUGCUGUACCUGAGUGAGAAUAAACUAGGAGACUCAGGAGUGAAUCACUUAUGUGACGUACUAAAGGAUUCACACUGUAAACUGGAGAGAUUGAGCUUAAGCUGCUGUGAACUGACGGAUGAAGGUUGUUCUGCUGUGACUUCAGCUCUGAAAUCAAACCCGUCACACCUGAGACAUCUGUACCUGGGCGGGAAUAAACUAGGAGAUUUAGGAGUGAAGAACCUCAGUGAUCUACUGAUGAUCCCACAGUGCAAACUGGAGACAAUAUAUCUGCAGAGUUGCAGUAUUACAGAGAAACAGAGUCUCAUCCUGACUUCAGCUCUGAAAUCAAACCCAUCACACCUGAGAGAUCUGAGCCUGAGUGAGAAUAAACUAGGAGACUCAGGAGUGAAGAACCUCAGUGAUCUACUGAUGAACCCACAGUGCAAACUGGAGAAACUACAUCUGGAUAGUUGCAGUAUUACAGAGGAACAGAGUCUCAUCCUGACUUCAGCUCUGAAAUCAAACCCAUCACACCUGAGACAUCUGGACCUGAGUGAGAAUAAACUAGGAGAUUUAGGAGUGAAUCACUUAUGUGACGUACUAAAGGAUUCACACUGUAAACUGGAGAGAUUGAGCCUAAAGGACUGUGGCAUUACAGAUGUUUCUGCUUUAACUCAGUCUUUGACGAACUCAAAUGCACUGAAGUUUUUAAAAGUGCUUGAUCUGAGCGACAAUAAGAUCAGAGACUCAAAGCAGCUCAGAGACGUGUUACGAGACUCAAACUGUACAGGUGUAAUGGAUUGAGAAGAUCUUAGUCGGAGCUGAGAUGAAGCAAGAAUAAAGAAGUCUUUAGUAUAAGGGCUCAAUCAUGAUGAUAUUGGAAUUUAACUCAUCUAUAUUGAAGCAAACAAAAUAUCACUAAUCAUAACUGUCAUUGCCAAAUUUGCCACUCCAACGUUUCAAGUGAUAUGACAUUGUUGUGUGCUACACGAUUUCUUUAUGCCUUGCUGUCAUUUCCAUUUGUGGACAUUUUCAGGGAUGAGAUUCUUUCGGAAUAAUAGGACUAAAAUCAUGACUCACGUGAAUCAUGCAGAUUUCAUGACUAUGUGACGCUAUGUGACAUGGGAUAAUAUUAAACCAUUUGUGUGUUUUUUGUUAUAUUCUCAAUCAGAGAGAGAGAGAGAGAGAGAGAGAGAGAGAGAGAGAGAGAGAGUGUGAGAGAGAGAGAGUCCCUAAACAAAUAUAUAGUCUGGUUACACUUUAGGACUGUGAUAUUAAUCAAAUUUUAUUUUUGAUUCUGGCUUCCAAGGAUUAUAAAAAGAAGAUAUUUGAGGUAAAAUUUUAACUAUCCACGUUCCAUCUAGCGCAGCUUCCUUUCCUUCACAGCAGAGAGCUUUCCUUCCUUCCUAAAACACAAACUUCACAUCAGAAUCAGCUCAAUCUGUGAUAGUUGAAACUAAUACUGGCGAGAGAUGCUGUUUUCAACUUCAAGGUGGCUCUUAUGUGUGUGUGUGUGUGUGUGUGUGUGUGUGUGUGUGUGUGUGUGCCUCCCGAAGCGGCUCGCAAAAGACAAGCAAAUUAUACAUUAAGCUUUGUGUAAGUCUAAACCAUCAAAUAGAUGAUGUUAGUGUAUAUUAUUAGUAUGUAAUUAUUUUUAAAAACUUACAUUUAUAUUUUGUAUAGCUGAUUCAUUUAAGAACAAAAAAUCUUGUUUUGUUAAUAAAAAAGAUUGUAUUGCA